AUGGCGGACGAAACGCGUAAAGUGCGAGUAGAAGAAAGAUUGAAAAUUAAGAUUGGAGAAGCAAAGAAUCUACCAGCUCGAAAUAAUGGCGCCGCCUGUCAUCGUGACAUAUACUGCGUGUUGUCACUCGACCAAGAAGAAAUAUUUCGCACUUCCACCAUGGAGAGGACACUUAACCCAUUUUUUGGCGAAGAAUUUCAAUUCGAGGUACCGCGAAGAUUUAGAUAUCUAUCCAUAUACGUGUUCGAUCGUGACAAGCAUCUCAAACAAGACAAAGUUCUCGGAAAAGUUGCAAUCAAACGAGAAGACUUGCAACGGUACAACAAUAAAGACCACUGGUUUGCAUUGCGGCCCGUGGAUGCAGACUCAGAGGUUCAAGGAAAGGCCUACAUUGAACUCACACUCGAAGACUCUCGGAAACGUUUACGAAUGGACCCAAAACCACCAGACCCGGACCCGCCUACGGACAACUGCUCGACGAAGACGAAAGCCAAUAAUCUCACUAGACUAUCAGAAUAUUGUAAAGAGAGUAUAAGGUUCGGGUCGGGUUCUAGCUCGACGAGUAAAAAGCAUUUAAGUCCUGCAGCGACGGAGCCCUCGUUGGCCCUGUCGCGAUCGGAAAGUUUAAAGGAUCGCGCGCAAUGGGCGGUACGGACGAAGCCCCCAAUGCAUGCGAUGUCGGAGUCCGACGCAUCCCCUACACCCACCGCCGCCGACUAUUGGUCGGAUCCAGAAAGACAUUGUGCUGCGCGCGUAGGUCCUGAUACCCUACGACUGCGAGUUUUAGAAUGUUCAGAACUUACUACGAAAAACGGUCAGUGCGAUCCUUUCGCUCUCGUUACUUUAUUAUAUUCUAACGGUAGAAGGAUCGAAAGGCGCACAAAACCCAGAAAGAAAACCGUUAAUCCUCAAUUCGAUGAAAUUUUUUGUUUCGAUCUCGUAAUGGAAGCCGAUCCAAAAGAUAAGGAUGGUUCACAAACAGCAGGAGUCGCAUGCGAAGCAAGGGUAUCGGUGUGGCACGAAGCGGCAACGCCAGUGUUCCUAGGUGAAGUGCGAUUACAACUGCGGCAACCGGCGCCGGCGCCACUUUGUGCAUGGUUUUUCCUAACGUCGCGCGCGGGAGGGGCACUCUCCCGUGGUGCUACGCCGCCAGGCACACGGCUCUCAGCGGCUGGCAGCGCCACCCUAGGCUCCCUAAGGCUACUACUCCAGUACACAGUGGACCACGUGUUUCCGUUGCACCACUACACACAACUAGAAGAGCUGUUUUUAAGAAGCGUACAACAGAAGCCGAUCACCACGUCAGCGGUGUACAUCCUGGGCGAGAUUGUAUCGAGUAAAACGGACGCGGCGCAGCCUUUGGUGCGAUUGUUCACGCACCACGACCUCAUAGUCCCCGUAGUGAAGGAGCUUGCCGAUGCCGAGAUAUCUGUUCUCACCGACGCGACGACCAUCUUCCGCGGCAACACGCUAGUGUCCAAGAUGAUGGACGAGGCGAUGCGUCUGACAGGCGCGUCGUACCUGCGCGGCGUGUUGCGGCCCACGCUGGCCGCCGUGCUCGCCGAGCGCCGCCCCUGCGAGAUAGACCCUGCGCGAGUGAAACCUGCGGCUGCGAUCGCAGCUAACCUUGCCAACCUUAAGGAUUAUGUCGAAAGGGUGUUCGCAGCGAUCACGUCGUCGUACGCGCUGUGCCCGGCGGCCAUGUGCCGGCUGUUCGACGCGCUGCGGCAGUGCGCGGCGCGCCACUUCCCCGCCAACGCGGAGGUGCGCUACUCCGUCGUGUCCGGCUUCAUAUUCCUGCGCUUCUUCGCGCCCGCCAUACUGGGCCCGAGGCUGUUUGAUCUCACCACCGAACAAAUUGACCCGCAAACGAAUCGCACUCUAACACUGAUCUCGAAGACAAUCCAGUCGCUGGGCAACCUCGUGAGCAGCCGCUCGGCGCAGCAGGUCUGCAAGGAGGAGUACAUGGCCGAGCUGUACCGCAGCUUCUGCACGCCCAGACAUGUGCAAGCAAUAAGGCAGUUCCUAGAAAUAAUCUCGAGCAGCUCGGACACGCAGAACAACAACAUCCAGGAGAGCCCAGUGCUACUGAAGGAAGGGACGAUGAUAAAACGCUCGUCUGAAGGAGUGCGCGGCGGCGCGGGCUCGCCGCGGCGGCGCUGGGCGCGCUCGGCGCACGCGCACUGCAAGAGACGACACUUUCGUCUCACUAGUGGCGAGUUGUCGUGGUCCCGCUGCGGCGCCCGGGGCUCGGGCGCGCACCGCCUGGCGCUGGCGGGCGUGCUCAGCGUGGCGCCCGUGGACUGCCCGCCCGCCGGCGCGCCGCUCGACGCCAACAAUAUCUUCCAGAUAGUGCACCGCGAGCGCGUGCUGUUUGUGCAGGCCAGCAACUGCGUGGAGCGCGCGGAGUGGCUGCGCCUGCUGUCGGCGCUGUGCCGCCGCGCGCCCGCCGCGCCGCACGCCGGCUACUACGCGGACUCCAAGUGGACGUGUUGCGGGCGGUCGGAGGCGGACGCGGAGGGGUGCGGGGGCGGCGGCGCGGGGGGCGAGGCGGGCGAGGCGCAGGGCCCGCACGGCGCCGCCGCGCUCGCGCUGCGCCUGGACCCCGCGCGCGACCUGCAGCGCCUGCACGCGCUGCUCGUGGCGCACGUGCACCGCCUCGACGAGCGGCUGCAUCGCCCGUCCGAUGACAUGAAUCCAGAAGAAAGGGAAGCUGAAGCGAUGACUUUACGGGAAUUGCAAAAAAUUAUGUUUGACCUCGAGCAUAGGCAUUGUAUAUACAGAAGAUCACUUGCAAGAGAGACAAAAUAUGGUAGCAAACAGGCUCCGAUCGGCGAUGAUAAUUAUUUGCAUCUCGCUGGAGCCGCGACCAAUAAUGACAACGGCUCCUUUUUCUGGCGACCCUGGAGAGGCGACUCCUCACCUACCAUCGACCUCGACGGCAAGUCGUUUCCACUUCAAACAUCACAUGAUAUUUGCUCCAGUACUGAAUCCUUAAAGCUCGCCCGCCACGGGGACGAGCGUUCCUCCGGGAAGUCGAAUAAAUCCACCGGCAGCGGCUACCUCACCAUGUCCUGCAUCAAGCACGAGCCGUCCGAGGACAGCGACGCCUCCACAGAGAAACCCGCGCGGCCGCCCAAGCCUGCCCGCCUCUCGCCGUCCCGCGCGCCGCCUGCCCUGCCCGCGCCGCCCGCCGCACCCCUCUGCGAGUACGUUGACGUGGAGUUGAAGCCCCCCCUUCGCCGGCCGAAACACCCGGAACACGACAUAUCGAAUCACUGCAAAGAAUAUGAACUCAUGGCUAACUUCAUGAGUCACGCGCAAACAUCAGACGACGACGCGCCGCCGGCGGUGCCCCCGCGCGGCAACACGGCGAGAAUGCGGCUACAACCGAAACCUGUGGAAAUAGACGUCUCAAAAUCCGACGAACACGCGUCUUUUAGGCCCGAAAACAUCUGCGGAUCCACCACGAGUCUGACCGAAGGCGCGCAUCCCGACGAUCGAGGGAGUACGUUGGGGAGUGACGCUCGACCCGCCAGCAAAAUCGAUACUGUAUCGAAUGAUGAUAGUCUUUUAGAUGAGCUGCAGCGUGACACGUAUUGUAUUCUAAAAGUAUGCGAGGAUGAACCGCCCAAUGUCGAUGAUGACGCAGUCAAUGCAGAGGAAACGGAUUCUAAAGAAAAGGAAGAAUACGGGAUGUUCUCAAGGAUAAGUUUGCAGAGAAAAUCGAAUCCAAUAAAAACACAAUCUAGCUCUAUAAAACCCCUCAAAACCUCAAACUCAACGUCAAACGUACACGAUGCCGGAUCUCAUUCUUCGCGUCCCUUCACGGAGAGGCUCACGCCAUUUUUUCUCAAGAAGAAACCGAAGCCGCCGGAGGAGAUGCAAGCGUCGAGCAAGUGUACGCGCAAGGAAGACAACCUGAUCGGGCGCCUGACGCCGCGCUUCGGGCAGUCGCGGCUGUACGGGCGCGGCCAGUCGCUGGAGCUUGCGCCCGCCGAGAGCCGCGCCAAGCGCAUCGAGCGCUCCGCCACCACCGUCAACAUCCCAACGAGACCCAUCAACUCGUCUAUAGUGGCCAACUUGAAGUUCCUCACGCUGCACCGGUACGGCGCGCAGGACGACGUGCAGUGCACGCGCGUGCACGCGGGUGAGGAGGCGGCGGGCGCGGAGGGCGAGGGCGAGUGGCGACGCCGCGGCGCACUGCUGGCCGCCACCAGCGACAUCCGCCUC